UUUUACACCACAUUUUUUCAGUUUUGGAUCCUUCUUAUCGACCUGUACAGUUGGUGGCGGAAUGCACAUAUCAUUGUUGCGAACGCCAGUAUACCAAAGAAAAAGAGGAAAAGGGUGCGUCUCUUUUACCUGUUUGGAACGCAACCUGUGAGUUACCUAAUACAUUGAAAGUUAAAGGAAACAGCACCUAUGUGGCCGCCAUAUUUAGACAACUGGAUCAUGAAGGUAGCUAACAUUUUUUUGUUUUAAGAUAACAAAUAUCGUGGUUUAUUACAGGUCUAGAGACAAAUUGGUUUACAUUAGUAUAAUUUUUUCGACAGAGAACUCGGAGCAAGUUUGUUUCUAUGGACGUGUUUUAAGGACGACGUUACUUUUAGGAACAAAAGUGUGGGCGAUGCCGUGGGCUGGGGACUAUAUUGAAUCAAGAUAGUUAGGCCAACAAUCUAUGUCUUUCUGUGAAACGUGCUGAGCAACAGUAAACUGCCUUGGACUUUCAUCCGCCGUCAUUUCUGAGAAGGAGCCGAUGGAAAUCUCCUGACGGCUAUGGGGAGAGUGAAGAAAAUAUGAAUGAAGACAGUGUAAAACAGGAGAGGGUGGGGUCACCGUGUCUGUCCAUGAAGAGUGAUUGGUCCAUGGACAGGCCCAUUAAGUUUGGAAAAGAUGCCAGUGAGCUGACAGCCAGUCUACUGACAGAGGACCACUUCAGAUGUUCAGUGUGUACAGAGGUUCUCAAAGAGCCAGUCUCCAUCCCCUGUGGACACAGUUACUGCAGACAGUGCAUUGAGACCCACUGGAACCAGCCUGACCAGACAGGAGACUACGACUGCCCCCAGUGCAGAAAGAGAUUCAGAACACGUCCGGACCUCUUCACUAACUCAGCCUUGGAGAAGGUGAUUGAGAAACUCCACCAGGCAGGGUUCAAGGUCCCUGCUCUUCCCAAGCACUGCUACGCUGGACCUGGAGAUGUGGCCUGUGAUCUCUGCACUGAGAAACAGUUCAAAGCUGUAAAGUCCUGUCUGACCUGCACUGCCUCCUACUGUGAGAGUCAUGUCAGACAUCACUACACCGUAGCAGCUCUGCAGAGACACACCCUGGUGGAGGUGACUGGAAACCUGGAGCAGAAACUGUGCCAGCUSCACCACAGAGCUCUGGAGGUCUUCUGUAAGACAGACCAGGUUUCUGUUUGUGUUCUGUGUGCCUUGGCAGGACCACAGAAACCAUGAUGUCAUAAAGAAUGAGAGAGACACUGAAGAGG